GCUCAGUCAGCUGACCGGCCGCCAUUUUGUCAGCCAUUUCCUCGCUGCGUCCGCGGCUGACUAUCGCGCCCGCGCCGCGCCCGCUCAUAGAGUCCCGCAUCCGGCCUCCUGUCCUCCGCGCUCGCCGAGACAAGAGAGCCCCGGCUGAGGACGUCGCGGUGCCGACACCGUCCAGCGGGCCGCCUUCUCCCCUGCUACUCCCGCGCACAGCAGCUCGAGCUCGGGACGCUGCGCUCAUCCAGCUGCCACCACCACCAUGGCUCUCAAGAUAGUUAAAGGGAGCAUCGAUAGGAUGUUCGAUAAAAACCUGCAGGACCUCGUACGUGGCAUCAGGAACCACAAAGAAGACGAGGCAAAGUACAUUUCCACCUGCAUUGAUGAGAUCAAGCAGGAACUGAAGCAGGACAACAUUGCGGUGAAGGCCAAUGCGGUCUGCAAGCUCACCUAUCUUCAAAUGCUUGGCUAUGAUGUCAGUUGGGCUGCAUUCAACAUUGUGGAAGUUAUGUCCUCCUCCAAGUUCACAUACAAGAGAAUUGGUUACCUUGCAGCCUCACAGUGUUUCCAUGAGGGUACUGACGUAAUCAUGCUGACCACCAAUCAGAUCCGCAAGGAUCUCAGCAGUCCUAACCAGUAUGACACAGGAGUGGCUCUCACCGGACUGUCCUGUUUCGUGACACCUGACCUUGCCCGUGAUCUGGCUAACGACAUUAUGACCCUUAUGUCACAUACGAAGCCGUUCAUCCGAAAGAAGGCUGUGCUGAUCAUGUAUAAAGUAUUUCUGAAAUAUCCUGAGUCCCUUCGACCAGCUUUUCCCCGCCUUAAGGAGAAGUUGGAGGACCCUGAUCCUGGUGUACAGUCAGCAGCGGUGAAUGUCAUAUGUGAACUGGCCAGAAGAAACCCCAAAAACUACCUUUCCCUGGCUCCGCUCUUCUUCAAGCUCAUGACCUCUUCCACCAACAACUGGGUCCUCAUUAAGAUCAUCAAGCUGUUUGGUGCCCUGACACCCCUGGAGCCUCGUCUAGGGAAGAAGCUCAUUGAGCCCCUGACAAACCUCAUCCACAGUACCUCAGCCAUGUCUUUGCUGUAUGAAUGUGUCAACACUGUGAUUGCAGUGUUGAUAUCACUCUCCUCUGGGAUGCCUAAUCACAGUGCAAGUAUCCAGCUUUGUGUGCAGAAGCUGCGAAUCCUGAUUGAAGACUCGGACCAGAACUUGAAGUACUUGGGUCUCUUGGCCAUGUCGAAGAUCCUGAAGACUCAUCCGAAAUCGGUGCAGUCCCACAAGGACCUCAUCUUGCAGUGUCUCGAUGACAAAGACGAAUCUAUUCGACUUAGGGCUCUGGAUCUUCUGUAUGGCAUGGUUUCUAAAAAGAACCUGAUGGAGAUAGUGAAAAAACUAAUGGUGCAUGUGGACAAGGCCGAAGGAACCACUUACCGUGACGAGCUACUCACCAAGAUCAUUGACAUCUGUAGCCAGAGCAACUACCAGUACAUCACAAACUUUGAGUGGUAUAUCAGCAUCCUGGUAGAGCUGACCCGGCUUGAAGGCACACGGCAUGGUCACCUGAUUGCCUCCCAGAUGCUCGAUGUGGCGAUUCGUGUGAAGGCCAUCCGGGGAUUUGCCGUGCUGCAGAUGGCUACGCUGCUCGACAACGCCCACAUGCUCACUGGCAACACCCAGCGCAAUGGCAUCUGCGAAGUCCUGUAUGCUGCAGCCUGGAUUUGUGGCGAGUUCUCUGACCACUUGGAGGACCCUCUGCAAACGCUGGAGGCAAUGCUGCGACCCAAAGUGGCCACGCUGCCUGGCCAUAUCCAGGCUGUCUACAUCCAGAAUGCAGCCAAACUCUUUGCCACAGUGCUGCGAGCCCAGGAGGGGGUGCCAGAUAGCCAGAAGGCGCAGGAGACCAGCCAGCUGCUCAUAGACAGGCUGCCGCUCUUUGUCCAGAGUGCAAACCUCGAGGUGCAGGAGAGGGCAUCCUGUGUGCUGCAGCUGGUGAAGUACAUCCAAAAGCUGCAGCAGAAGGAAGUGGCAGUGGCAGAGGAGGUGUCGGCCCUGUUUGCUGGGGAGCUCAACCCUGUGGCUCCCAAGGCACAAAAGAAAGUGCCCAUCCCUGAGGGCCUGGAUCUUGACGCUUGGAUCAAUGAGCCUCCUUCAGAGAGCGAGUCUGAGGACGAGAAGCCCCGGGCCGUGUUCUCCCAGGAGGAGCCGCGACACACACGCCCUCGGCACACCGAGGUUGAUGAGAAGGAGCUGGCCAGGAGAAGAGAAGCCAGAAAACAGGAACAAGCCAACAACCCUUUCUAUAUCAAGGCCUCUCCAUCCUCUCAGAAGGUUUACCCAGAGGUACCAGGGGUUGAACACAUUCCAGUGGUGCAGAUUGACCUCAGUGUGCCUCUCAAAGUCCCAGGGAUGCCCAUGUCUGAUCAGUAUUUGAAAAUGGAGGAGGAGCGCCGGCAGAAGGAGAAGGAGGAAAAGAAGAAGAAGGAGAAAAAGAAGAAGAAGGAGAAGCGGGGCCGGGGACGCAAGCAUGAGUCGGGCCCAGAGAGCGAGGAGGACAUAACCCCUGCGCACACAGUGGACAUAGUCACUGAGGAGAUGCCAGAGAAUGCCUUGCCCAGUGAUGAUGAUGACAAGGAUCCCAAUGACCCACACAAAGCUCUGGACAUAGACCUUGACAACCUGGUAGUGGGAGCCUCACGCAGGCCUCUAGCAGACAGUGAGAAGCUUCCGGUGAGGACACAUCGGCCCACAGACAUUCUUAAAAGCCCAGUGGAGGGGGCUGAGUUAGAGAGUGUCUCUCAGGAGCCAAAGAAGAAGAGUAAGAAGGAUAAGAAAGAGAAGAAGAAGGACAAAGAGAGGAAGAAAAGCAAAGAGGAGAAGAAAAAGAAAAAACACAAACAGGAAGGAGAUGAUGAGCUGGAAGAGGCAUCAGAAGAACCUGUUCAAGCAGGAGAGAACCCUGUAGCAGCAGCCCUACCCGCCACAGCACCUGCGGAGGGGUUUAAUCUGGACUUUUGGCUCUCUAAUGUUCCGGUUCCCUCUAAUAAACAGGAGGCAACAGUGCCAGUUCUCCCACCCGCCCUCGAUGCCGCCCAGGUGUCUGAGCCUGAAGAACACAAGGACAUGGAGCCAGAGGAGACUAAGUUUUCCAAACAUAAGAAGAAGAAGCAGAAGAAAGAGAAGGAGGACAAGAAGAAGAAGAAGCGGCAUCACCGUCACCAUAGUGACGAGGGCGGGGACGAGUCAGUGCAGAAUGGCACUGUUGAGGAAGAGGAGCCAUUGCCACCCAUGUCUAACUAUUGCCUACUUGCUGAGAAUUCCUACAUCAAAAUGGUGUAUGACAUUCAGGGCAACCUUCAAGACGGCAGCCAGGUGGUGGUGUCGGUCAUCUUUGAGAAUAAGAGCACCAGCUUCCUCAAGUCCAUGGAGUUCAAUGUGCUGGACUCCCUCAACUCCAAGUUGCAGCGACCGGACGGGGCUGGCCCGCACGAUGGCCUCAGUGUCCCCUUCCAGUUGCCCCCUGGAGUCUCAAACGAGGCACGCUUUGUCUUCUCUGUGCAAAGCAUCGUAAUGCCUCAGAAACUGAAGGGAACCCUCACCUUCAUAGUGAAGUCUGAGGAAUCCUCCACUCAUGAGAAACUGGACUUCAAACUGCACUUUACCUGCACCUCAUACCUGAUCACCACUCCAUGCUACAGUGACGCGUAUGCAAAGCUGCUGGAGUCUGGAGAUCUGAAGAGCAGCUCCGUGCGACUGGAGGGAGUCAGCAUGUCUUUCCACCACCUCCUCGCCAGAAUCUGCUUCCACCACCACUUCUCUGUUGUGGAGAGGAUCGAUUCUUGUGCCUCUUUGUACAGCCGGUCAAUCCAGGGUCAUCAUGUGUGUUUGCUGGUUAAAACGGCUGACCAGACUGUUUCAAUCGAUGCUAAAUGUGAUGAACCAUCACUGCUGGGGAACGUGUUAGACGAGAUCAAGCAGACCUUCUCCAUGUGCUGAUUGUGUUAGUUAACUUCUUGGUGCCCCAUCCACCCCCAGAAACAUACACCACAUGCACACCAAAUGCAAAAAUCUCACAACAAACACUGAGGCUGGUACCCCCCCAUCAUUAAUUUGCAAUUUGUGUAUUUCUCUUUCUGUGCACCAUUCUCUUCGCAACUCACUGACAGCCAUUGUGCUAUUUCCUUUGACCACUGCAUCAUUUGAUGUCAGGAUUUUAUUUUUUCUCAGCUUUAUCUUCCCGUUUACUUUUUGUGCUGUUUUUUCCGAGUUUCUCAACACUUCGUCUACUGACUUGCUCCAUCACGUACUUUUUCUUAUACUUUAGAUGCUACAUCCCCGCUAUUUUCAAGUCUUGUCAACCUUACAGAUUUUUAACUUCCCCCCCCCCUUUAGUAUGCCCACUAAAACUGGAUUUUGUAUGUUACGUUUGUGUUUUUCUAUUAUCAGUGUGUUUGUCCCACUCCUGAGUGAGUGGUGUCUACCGCCAAAAAAAUGACACAACCAGAGAACCAGAGAACCUGCCAGUUUUGGCCCUUGUUUAGUUGAGUUUCCUGUGCCCUGGGUCUCAGUGGUGACCACUUUCUGUUUUGUCAGCAUCCUCCCUUAACUCAGACUUGUUCUAAUCAAUCUAACGCAACAAUAAUUCUAUUAAAUAAAUGUGGCUUCACUGCAAAAA